UCCAAGUUCUAAGUUCCAACUUGAAACAAUAACCAUCAUCAAGAUUAUUGCUGGAUGCAUCUUGCUCCUUCCUCUCUGAAUUACUUACUUGUAUACUACUGCUUGUAGUCAGAUUCAGCUCUAAUUCCCCGAUUAAGUAGUCUGGAAUUGUUUCCUGCUUUUCUUUUCUUGGUCAAUACCGGAUUUGAUUUAACUAAUUUUGUUUGUUUGUUAAUGUCCCUCUUUAUCCUUUUUUUAACCUUCUUUUAUUCUUCAAACCAAGAAACCCUAAAAACCUGAAUUCAUAUCUUUUGUGGAUUUUUACAUUACAGAAUUACAACCCGAAAGUUGAUUGUAUGAAAAGGAAAUUAAAGGGGAAUGUUAGCCACGAAGCCCAAAACUGGGUGAAAUAAAAGAAGAGUAUGGAAAUCGGUGGCUAGAAUUUGAGUCUUACGCUCCUCCUCUCCUCCUAUCUUUAUAUGUUGUGAUCUUUACUCAAGAGUUUGAAGCUUUGAAUUGAGGAAGGACCAAGCAAAUUCUAUCUUCCUCAUCUGUUUUUGAAUCUCUGAAUCGGCCCAAUCGGGGAAUGGGGAAGAACGAUUUUCUCACACCGAAGGCAAUAGCCAAUCGGAUCAAGGCGAAAGGGCUCCAGAAGCUCCGAUGGUACUGCCAGAUGUGCCAGAAACAAUGCCGAGACGAGAACGGCUUCAAGUGCCACUGCAUGAGCGAGAGCCACCGGCGGCAGAUGGAGGUCUUCGGCCAGAACCCUAAUCGAAUCGUCGAUGGUUACUCUGAAGAGUUUGAGCGGACUUUCCUUGAACACGUUAAGCGCAGCCAUCGAUUCAGUCGCGUUGCCGCGACUGUUGUCUAUAAUGAGUACAUUUCCGAUCGUCACCAUGUCCACAUGAACUCCACCCAGUGGGCUACCCUGACGGAGUUCGUCAAGUACCUUGGUCAGACGGGGAAGUGCAAGGUUGAAGAGACACCAAAGGGGUGGUUCAUGACUUAUAUUGAUCGAGAUUCUGAGACCCUCUUCAAGGAACGUCUCAAGAACAAGCGGCUCAAGUCGGACGUUGCAGAGGAGGAGAAACAGGAGUUGGCAAUCAGGAAACAGAUUGAACGGGCGGAGCAGAUGGUGUCGGCGAGUGAGGCGGGGUCAUCUGAUCCAGAGGCAUUGCUGCAGCCGAAUUUAGAGCCUGGAGGGAAGGUUGCGUUUUCUCUUGGUUCAUCUUCCAAACCUGCUACUAGAGAGGGUGUUCAGAGCUCAAAAGUGGUUUUUGAAGAUGUCGAAACGGAGAAGAAUGAGAAGAGAAGCAAAACUGAUGUCAAUUCAGGGAAAAGUGGUGGUGGGUCGGCUCUGGAUGAGCUGAUGAAAGAACAGGAGAAGGCGAAGGAGAGAAGUAAUCGAAAGGAUUACUGGUUAUGUGAGGGAAUUAUUGUCAAGGUCAUGAGCAAAGCCUUGGUUCAGAAGGGUUAUUAUAAGCAGAAGGGAAAGGUCAUUAAGGUGAUAGACAAGUAUGUUGGAGAAAUUGAGAUGCUUGAUAGCAAGCAUGUACUAAGAGUUGAUCAGGAAGAGCUCGAAACAGUGAUUCCACAAAUUGGUGGUCUUGUAAGAAUAGUCAAUGGAGCUUAUCGUGGAUCAAAUGCGAGGCUGCUGUCAGUGGAUACUGAUAACUAUUGUGCCAAGGUACAAAUAGAGAAGGGUAUAUAUGAUGGCAGGGUCCUCCAAGCGGUUGACUAUGAAGAUAUUUGCAAAAUUUCCCAGUGAAUUGCUUGAAGUGUAUAUACCUUCAUUCUGAGCUUGCAGGGUUCUGAGAAUCUCAAGCAAGAAUAAGAAUGCUCUCUGAAGGAAAUAGUCCCAGCAGCUCUAAAUACUAUUAGCACACAGUUCAUGUUG